AUGGUUUGUUGGAGUCAGAAAAGUGAAGGAAGAGGAAGGGGAUGGAAGGAAUUGAGGAAAGAGAUUCGAGGGACAACCAAGCACCGUGGGGUCUUAGUUUUGCGGCGGAAGCGGGCGGAGGGAAAUCGAGAGGACGGGGCGCAAAGUGAUCAUAAACUGAAAUCCAGGUCUAAUAUUGUAUUGUCUCCCCUGGAAGCUUCAUCAAGUCGCAGGCAUCUUUUAGUCAUUGUUGGCCCUUCAUUGGUUACCUUGACAUGUGGUUUGUCACCAUCAUUGGUUUGGGCCGAAGAGAAGUCCGGUGACAAAGAGGAAGAAGAUAAAGGGAUUAUUGGGGCCAUCAAAUCAUUCUUCGAUCCUAAUGAGAAAACAAAGUCUGGAAAGUCAGCAAGAGAAGUAGUGAAAACACUGCGUGAAUCUUUAAAUGAAACCACUGAUGAUAUUGCCAAAUUUAGACGGACUGCAGAUUCGGCAAAGGAGUCAAUUCAGGAGUAUUUGGGCAGUUGGAGGGGAAACCAAACUAUUGUGCAAAAAGAAUCAUAUGCUAUUUUGGAGAAAGUAAUAAGAUCUUUUGGUAAACUUUUACUCAAAAGCAGGGCCAUCAGCUCCGCUGUCGCAGGAAGUUAA